AUGGCGCUGGACGCCCAAUCCAUUUUGACCCUUCCAAUCAAAAUGGAUUGGCCCUCCAACGCAUUCAAUGGCAUCCACUGCUUGGUCUUCUCGCAUCCCUACUCGCGGUCAUUCCAAAAUACUUUAGGGUUAUCGAUCAGUAAGAAAAACAUGUCUUUAACCCCGAAGAGGCCGCGCUCUGACCCUCUCAACGACUCCACGGAGACGAGGAUUAAGAGGAUUUCCAUUGAGGGGAACAUUGCGGCGGGAAAGUCGACGUUCGUCCGCCUACUGGAGCAGGAGUGUUCCGACUGGGAAGUAGUACCAGAACCCAUCGCUAGGUGGUGCAACGUGAAAACCAACAGCGGCGACUUCGAGGAGCUGACGACGUCGCAGCGCAGCGGUGGAAACGUGCUGAAGAUGAUGUACGACAAGCCCGAGCGUUGGGCAUACACCUUCCAGAGUUACGCCUGCAUUAGCCGCGUGCGCGCCCAGAUGAACUCGGCCAACGGGAAGCUGAGAGAGGCAGAGAACCCCGUGCAGUUCUUUGAGCGCUCCAUCUACAGUGACCGGUACAUCUUCGCCGCCAAUCUCUACGAGAACGAGUGCAUGAACGACACAGAGUGGUCCGUCUACCAGGACUGGCACAGCUGGCUGCACGGUCAGUUUGGCCGCCACAUCAAGCUGGACGGGAUCAUCUACCUGAGGGUCCCGCCAGAGAAGUGCAUGGAGAGACUGCACUUGCGAGGGCGUGCAGAAGAACAGGAAAUCCCUUUAGAGUAUCUGGAGAAGCUCCAUGUCAAGCAUGAGAGCUGGUUGCAGCACAAGACCAUGACUACGGACUUUGAGUACCUGGCGGACGUGCCGGUGCUGACGCUGGACGCCGCAGAAGAGUUCAAAGGCAGCAAAAACAAGUGCGCCCAUAUGAUGGAGAAGGUCAAAGAGUUCGUUAGUACUUUGUGA